CGCAGCUGCCUAUGAGCAAUGGAGGAGAGCUGCAGCGGCAACAAGAGGAGGAAAGGGGAUCACCGUCAGCGGCCGGAGCAGAUGAGCGAGAUGGCGGCGGCGGCGGCAGGCAUCAGCGGCAUCAUCGACCCGGAUGUUCUCGACUGCACCAUCUGCUUCGACCCCCUCCGGCCUCCGGUGUUCCAGUGCGUCGUUGGGCAUGUGAUCUGCUCACCGUGCCAUGGCAAACUCAUAAACAAGGAGAACUGCAACACGUGCUCCCUCCCCGGCGGGUACAACCGAUGCAACGCGCUCGACAAAAUCCUGGAGUCCCUACACAUCCCUUGCGCCAACGUCACAUACGGGUGCACCGUGAAGACGCACUAUCACGAGGUGGAGGAUCAUGGCAAGUCAUGCCCCCACGCGCCAUGCUUCUGUCCGGAACCUGGCUGCAACUUCGCCGGCUCCACCGUCGCACUCCUGGCUCAUCUUACCGGCGGUCAUAUGUGGCCAUCCACCGAGUUGGAGUACAAUGUUAAGCUCACACUGGAGGUGAAAGCAGGAGUGCAUGUUCUCCACAGGCGAGACAGGAGCCCCUUUUUCCUGGUGAAGUUCACUCCAGCGCCGCCACCUUACGGCAAUGCCGCCUCAGUGUUGUGCGUAGAUCCUGAUGCCGCCGCCACCACGGAGAAGGGGCGCAAGUUCAGGUGCCAACUUGGCUCGAGCAAGGUCGACCUGGAUUGGCAGCAAUAUUCGCGUUUCCAGGUCAGGAGCACCACCCUCUCCAACGGGUGGCCACCGGCGGAGGACGGCGGUGACCUUGUUAGCAGAUUCUUCUCCUUUUUGAUCGGGAGGUAUUCAGAAGCGCCAUGCUCGGAGGAGAAACAUGCCAAGAGGUUGCAGCAACUCCUGCUAAGAGCUCAGAUGGUUGUCGAGGAGGCGGAUGGGAGGUACAUCACCAACUCUGGUAUGCUUCUGCAACUGAAGAUGGUAGCUAGGGCUAUGUACCAUGGUUAUCAUGCACUAGACACCUUCAAGUGCAACCAACUAAUCAGAGAGGGCACUAAGGAAGUGAUGAGUUCUGGCUCAUUUGCCUCAUAUCUUGCCACUCCCUUGAAGCGCUCCCGUGCAAAUGCUGGUGUAUCGAAUCACCAAGUUGAUAACAACUGUGACCUACAAGAUGCCUUGUUAAAUUUAGAGACCGUUGUUUCUAAUAUCACAGAGUUUGUCAUACUUUUGGGUGGGUGUGAACCCAUGUUUCGCAGACCCUAUGACACAUAUCUUUAUGUUGACAACUGUAUGUUCGGUCGUUGGACUGAGAAGCAACAAGUUAUCAACUUCUUGUUGCAGCAGAACCCUCGUGCUUCUCCAUCUGUACUUCCAAUCAUCGGUGGCUAUCUAGUCGGGAAGAAAACUCUGGUAGCACAUGUAUGCAAUGAUGAAAAGGUCCGUAGUUACUUCUCUUCAAUUUUGCACUUCAAUGGAGACAACUUCCAUAUGGUAGAGACAGAAAGGUGCACAGGGAGGGCAUUGGUCGUUGUUAAAUUAGUUUCAGAGGUCAAUGAUGAGGACUGGAAAUCAUUUUACCGGGCAGUGACAUCCAUAAGCACAGAAAGUAAGGUUAUAAUCAUUAGUAGGAUGGAAAGUUUGACUAGAUAUGGUACUGUGAAGCCAAUUCACCUAAGUAGAUUACCAGAUGAGGAGUACAGCUACCUCUUUAAGGCACUAGCAUUUGGAAGUGCCCACAGUGAGGACCACCCAAAGCUGACACUGUUAGCAGGAGAGUUCAUCAAAUUGUUAGACAGGUCAUUUGUGGCAGCAUAUUCACUUACCAAUGGGUUGAGGACAAAUCUAAGACUUCAGUUCUGGCUCUCCAUAUUGAAGAGAUACAAGAAUGUGACAAAGAACAACUUGUCAAUGUUUGGUGAGCAUCCAUCAGACCGUUUCAAAAAACGAUAUGCAGUAGACUUCACCAACUUUCUUCCCUCCCCCGCUGCUCCACUACACCUUAUGCCUCCUCGAACUGAAGCCAGGAAACUACCCAAGAUAAGGAUUGGAGAGAUCAUUGAGAAUCCUUCCCUUCGUCCUAAGGGUGACUUUGUAUUAGUGACAUGGGAAUCACAGAUACCUCCUUAUACCGAGUUCAGGCGUGCCAUGGACAAACACUCUUGCGAUCUUGGAGAGGAUCAGCACGUCUCUACAUCAAUGAAAGAUCCUUUGCAGGGGCGAUCAAUCGGUGCUGCUGCGACGCUGCCUCCAGCUCCUGGAUCGGCGAAGAGGCGAGAGCUGCUCAGGAUCGCCUGGGUUGGGAACUGA